GGAACAAACACUUAAGCGCCGUUCCUCUUUGGGAAAACCGUGAAACACACAGUGAACAAGCGGUUUCCCCCUCACUGAAGUCCUUCAUGACAAACUCCUCUCUCCACCAUGUAAACUAACUCGCCGUGUGGGAGGGCGGUGCAUGAGGAUGAGCCUGCUAGCAGCCCUCGAGCAGCAGCAGCAGCAGCAGCAGCGGGCUAGCCGUGUGGAGCUAACGUGCUACCAAACUGCAGUUUAUUUUCGGGACAGCACGAUGAAGAACAUCAUGAAGUAUUACAGACUUAUUCCACCACAGUGUAUUGACAACAUCACCGGGAGCUAGGGGAGUCUUUUCUUCACUAUAGCGGGUCUGUCCCGACCCUCCAGUAUAUUGUUUGGAUGGACUAAACGUUAGAGCUUAGCGCCGCCGCUUGAGACUCGCCGAGCGGGCGCGGAUGGGACUGACACAGCCGGGCGGUGCUAAUGAUUGUGCUCUGACUAGCUCCGCGGCUAACCGGGUGGCGUUAGCUAUCUGACACAGUUGGUUGACAUCGCUCAUCUGAUAAUUACCCGGCUCUGAAAAGAGCGAAUUCGCUGGCACGACCAUGCCUCCAAGGCCCUCCUCAGGAGAACUAUGGGGGAUGCACUUGAUGCCCCCCAGCAUCCUAGUGGAUUGCCUUCUGCCAAAUGGCAUGAUUCUCACGUUGGAGUGCCUCCGGGAAGCCACGCUGAUCACAGUCAAGCAUGAGCUUUUCAAAGAAGCCAGGAAGUACCCGCUUUACCAUCUGCUACAGGAGGAGAGCUCCUACAUCUUUGUCAGUGUCACCCAGGAGGCAGAGCGGGAGGAGUUUUACGACGAGACCAGGAGGUUGUGCGAUCUUAGGCUCUUUCAGGCUUUCCUCAAAGUUAUUGAGCCAGUGGGCAACAGAGAAGAGAAAAUUCUCAACAGAGAGAUCGGUUUUGCUAUUGGAAUGCCUAUAUGUGAGUUUGAUUUGGUGAAAGACCCAGAGGUGCAGGACUUCAGAAGGAACAUUUUAAAUGUUUGCAAAGAGGCUGUGGACCUCAGAGACAGUAACGGACCCCACAGUAGAGCUUUGUACGUAUAUCCUCCAAAUGUAGAAUCCUCUACAGACCUUCCCAAGCACAUCUAUAACAAACUAGAUAAAGGUCAAAUCAUUGUGGUUAUAUGGGUCAUUGUGUCACCCAGCAACGACAAGCAGAAGUACACCCUGAAGAUCAACCACGAGUAUGUGCCGGAGCAGGUGAUCGCCGAAGCCAUCCGUAAGAAGACGCGUAGCAUGCUGCUCUCCCAGGAGCAGUUAAAGAUGUGUGUGCAGGAGUAUCAGGGAAAGUACAUCCUCAAAGUCUGUGGCUGUGACGAGUACUUACUGGAGAAAUACCCUCUGAGUCAGUACAAGUACGUGCGCAGCUGUAUCAUGCUGGGACGGAUGCCCAACUUGAUGCUAAUGGCAAAAGACAGCCUGUAUUCCCAGUUGCCCAUGGACAACUUCACCAUGCCGUCGUAUGCAAGGCGAAUAUCAACAGCAACGCCGUACAUGAACGGGGAAACGGCCACCAAGUCUCUAUGGACUAUCAACGGGACACUGAGGAUCAGGAUACUGUGCGCCACUUACGUCAAUGUCAACAUCAGAGACAUUGACAAGAUCUACGUCAGGACUGGGAUAUACCACGGUGGAGAGCAGUUGUGUGACAAUGUCAACACCCAGCGCGUGCCCUGCUCGAACCCCAGGUGGAACGAGUGGCUGAACUAUGACAUGUACAUUCCAGACAUCCCCCGUGCUGCACGACUCUGCCUUUCUAUCUGCUCUGUGAAAGGAAGGAAAGGAGCUAAAGAGGAGCACUGCCCUCUCGCCUGGGGCAACAUCAACCUGUUUGACUACACCCACACAUUAGUAGCAGGUAAAAUGGCUCUCAACCUAUGGCCUGUCCCCCACGGCCUGGAAGACCUGCUCAACCCUAUCGGAGUCACAGGCUCUAACCCCAACAAGGAGACCCCUUGUCUGGAGCUCGAGUUUGACCAUUUCAGUUGCCCCGUCAAAUACCCUGAUAUGACCAUCAUUGAAGAUCACGCAAACUGGAAUAUAUCCAGAGAGCUUGGCUUUAAUUACUGCCACACCGGUUUGAGUAACAGGCUGGCACGUGACAACCCCCUGACCGACAGUGAUACUGAGCAGCUACGGCAGGUGUGUAACAGAGACCCGCUGUCUGAAAUCACUGAGCAGGAGAAAGACUUUGUAUGGAGGCACAGACAAGACUGCGUCAAUAUGCCAGAGAUCCUACCCAAGAUCCUCCUUGCUGUGAAAUGGAACUCCAGAGAUGAGAUAGCACAGAUGUAUUGCCUUCUGAAAGACUGGCCAGCUAUCAAGCCAGAACAAGCCAUGGAGUUGCUGGACUGCAACUUCCCCGAUCCCAUGAUCAGAGAGUUUGCCGUAAAGUGCCUUGAGAAAUACCUAACAGAUGACAAACUCUCACAGUACCUCAUUCAACUGGUUCAGGUUCUAAAGUAUGAGCAGUACCUUGAUAACCCCCUUGCACGCUUCCUACUGAAAAAGGCAUUAACCAAUCAGAGGAUAGGACAUUUCUUCUUCUGGCAUUUAAAGUCAGAGAUGCACAACAAGACAGUGAGCCAGCGUUUCGGCCUGCUUCUGGAGUCAUACUGUCGGGCCUGUGGCAUGUAUCUAAAGCACCUGAGCAGACAGGUGGAGGCCAUGGAGAAACUCAUCAAUCUCACCGACCUCCUCAAACAGGAGAAAAAAGAUGAGGCACAGAAGGUUCAAAUGAAGUUUCUGGUGGAACAGAUGAGAAGGCCUGAUUACAUGGACGCCCUGCAGAGCUUCACCUCCCCACUGAAUCCAGCACAUCAGCUGGGGAACCUCCGCCUGGAGGAAUGCAGGAUGAUGUCAUCAGCCAAGCGACCUCUGUGGCUUAACUGGGAAAACCCAGAUAUGAUGUCAGAGCUGCUCUUUCAGAACAACGAAAUCAUCUUCAAAAAUGGAGAUGAUUUGAGGCAAGACAUGCUGACGCUGCAGAUCAUUAGGAUAAUGGAGAACAUCUGGCAGAACCAAGGCCUUGAUCUCAGAAUGCUGCCGUAUGGCUGUCUGUCAAUCGGUGACUGCGUGGGUUUGAUCGAGGUGGUGAGGAACUCUCACACAAUCAUGCAGAUCCAGUGCAAAGGAGGCCUAAAGGGGGCACUGCAGUUCAACAGCCACACAUUGCAUCAGUGGCUCAAGGAUAAGAACAAGGGAGAGAUGUAUGACCAGGCCAUAGAUCUGUUCACAAGGUCGUGUGCAGGCUACUGUGUAGCUACAUUUAUCCUGGGCAUUGGGGACAGGCACAACAGCAACAUCAUGGUCAAAGAUGACGGACAGCUGUUCCACAUAGACUUUGGCCAUUUCCUCGACCACAAAAAGAAGAAGUUCGGGUACAAGAGAGAGCGUGUGCCCUUUGUGCUCACACAGGACUUCCUGAUCGUUAUUAGCAAAGGAACUCAAGAGUGCACCAAAACAAGGGAGUUUGAAAGGUUUCAAGAGAUGUGUUACAAGGCGUACCUGGCAAUCCGGCAGCAUGCCAACCUCUUCAUCAACCUCUUCUCCAUGAUGCUGGGCUCGGGGAUGCCCGAGCUGCAGUCAUUUGACGACAUCGCGUACAUCAGAAAGACCCUGGCCUUGGACAAGUCUGAGCAGGAGGCCCUGGACUACUUCAUGAAGCAGAUGAACGACGCUCACCACGGCGGCUGGACUACCAAGAUGGACUGGAUCUUCCACACAAUCCGCCAGCAUGCCAUGAACUAAAAUGCUAGAGUGGAGUAAAGGACUGUGGCAACAACAGCACACUAAGAACCAAAAGAAUAGCGAGAAGCGAACGAGGUAUUUUCCUAAACACACUAAAGCCUGGGUAAUACUUCUGCCAGCGUGUGACUCUGAAACAUUACCUGCUAGUGCACCACUAAAUGCGGGUGCUCAGAAAGGCCUGUUUCAGGGACAUAAUGUCUGAAUUCUCCUGUUUCGCCAGGUUUCCUCUCCCCGCACUAAGAAACGGGGGCAGAGUUCUGUUUUUCAGUCUUCUUCAUAGGAACUAAACAAGUGUAAUGGACCUCAACUACAUUAGCCUUCUUCAUAUGAACAAACUAUGGAUACAUUUUUAUUUUUCUUGAUGUUUUUUUUUUUUUUUUUUCUUUCCUUACAUCUACAACCCAUCAGCAUUAAGAAAGGAACAUCAUGAAGUGGUAUACCAUGAGCACAGCUGGCUUUUUCUAAUGAUGAACUGACAGAGCGUAACUGCAUUAUUUCCACGACCUAUUUUGAACUGAUGAAGAUGGGGGAGAUAUCGGCGCACGCAGCCAGGCUAGCUGAAACAAAAUUAAAGGGACAAUGAGGAGCCUGGCCGCUGCGCAACAAAUCAUGAUUGCCCCCUACAGUCAUAAAAAACAAUCACCAACACUUUUAGUAAAGUACUGACAAAGGACAUGUUGUUAAACACUUAGCAUUUAACUCUUUUGGAGCAACUAAAAUAAGGACUUAUUUGUAGCCUACAGAUGUCAUGUUUAGAACUCCUGCCACACCAGAUAAUUGACUUUUGUGCAGCAGUAUAUCCAUAGACUUGUAUGCAUUCGGUGCACAUAUUCCUUUUUUUGUGUCUAUUUUCUACUGAGCCAAAGUACUAGAUGUGUAACCCCACUACUAAGCAGUCUUAUUUUUAAAAAAGAAAAAAUGAAAAAGAAAUAGUCACUACUAUUCCAAAUCUCGUGUGUACUCAUAGCACUGAUCUCUGCAGUAUUUCUUUUUGUUUUGUUUUGUUUUGUCUUGUCUAUCAGUAUUAUUCAGACAGAUGUUGAGGCACAAAUGUCCGUCGUCUACCCCACGCAGUUAGAUCAAUCGGUCUUCUGUUAUUCGGCUGACAAAGGCAAGAAACGCAGGGGGAAAAGGAUGUGCAGUGUUCCUUUUGUGUGCUGUGCUGUUACACUAUGCAAGUUGUGAUCCUAAUGUGUACUGUAUACUGCAAAAAAAAAAAAAAAAAAAAAAAAGUUGUUGAUGUCAGAGUAAGGCAGAGAGAGAAAAAUGCAUCUCCCCUGACAUGCUCACACAGAGCAGCGUGUCAGUGGACUUUGUACAGACAGUACAUGGAAGAAAAAAAAACUGUAAGAGAAUCAGCUGCUUCUUUCCCCCUCAAAAAAGAACUGUGAGAAAUGCCUUUGGACCCUGCCUUUUGCUUCUCCUUACCAGGUUUAUAUUUGGAGCUUCAAUCUAAGCCAUCUGUAAAAUGUUUGAGCUGUUGGAUUUUGCGCCCAUCUCUUUGUUCUCGAUCACACGUACGACAGAUAUUAUAAGACACCCCUCGUCUCCUCACACUUUGCCAUAUUGUCCCAGAUUGUGACAUCCAGGUAAAAAAAAAAAGAAACCGAAGUGAUUUUUUUUUUUUUUUUUUUUUUUUUAACCUUCAAAGUGUCUUCUUCCUUCCUCUUUCCUAUGAUUGUCACCCUUAUGUGUGGAAGAAUAGUCUCGGCAGGGUUUGCUCACUGCGCAGACACAUACGUAAGAGGUCAGUAAAUGUUCUAGCUUUACCAAAUGAUACACAACAGGGCGGUUUCCUAAACACUCGAAGUCCAGUUUUUGUUGUUGCUUAAAAAAAAAAAAAACUGCUCAGGAAACCGAUCCUACUGAGUCGCGUGUGCUUCUGUACGGGCUACAGAGCCGUGGGCCGGACCCAAACUGAGAACUAGACCCCAUAUACUUUAUGGAAGAACUAUCAUAAAAUCUGCUCUUUCCCUUUUUACUUGUUCUGGUUGUUUUCUGUUUCUCACACUGCAUUAUGCAUGAGGUCCUCAAAUAUCUACUUUUUUUUUUUUUUUUUUUUUUUUUUUUUUUUUUGACCUGAUGUUGUUUACUUGAAUUUCAUGUAUAGAAAAUGACCUUGUUACUUGUGUGAGGUACAGAGUCACAAUGAAGGUAACAGAUACUGAUAACUGCUACUACAUGUGCAAAUGCUUUCCUUGAAUAACUACAGAGGUAAUAUAUUUUUGUAUUUUUAAAUGUAAGCAAACUCAUAUAUGUAACUGCUAACCAAAAAAAAAAAAACGGAAAAAAAACAAAAACAGGUUGCAUCACGUGCAGCAUCCUCAUACGAAACCCAGUAGACAGCUUCUAGUUGUUGAAACGAUAUGAACGGCAAAGCAGAGGUGAAUUGUUGAAUGAAGGACAAGGAUGCUGUUGUCAGAGUAGGAUCUUCAUGUCAAGUGAAGAUCUCUUGCCCCAUGUGGAAGUCUGUAAGCACAAUAAGGAGGAAGAAGCUACCCUGCAUGUUUUACAAAGAACCAGACUCGUAUGUUAGUUAUCUUUUCAUCUGUAUAUAUAUCAUAAAACCUUUUCAAAUACUUGUUUUAGUCAUCCUCAUAUGAUCAUGUCAGAUAAGAAACUGUAUGCAUUCAUUUAUUGUACUGUCGAAUAAAAGCAUUUCUCCC